CCCCCGCAUUCCGCCUUCCUCUCCCGCAAGUCAGUUCCAACUUCCCUUUCCACUUGUUCUUCUUCCCGUUGCUGGACUAAUACAACAUGCAAUUGGGCCUUUCCGAGCAUCUGUCAGCCCUGGUGGCUCGGCGGUUUGUAGCUGCCAAAGAUGCGGGUCACCUACUAUUCUCCCAAACUCAACUUACUACCGUUAGCGCUUCGGGGGUUCCGUUUCAACUCCGAUAUUGCCCUGCCCUUGCGAAGAAACCCAACGCGAAUCCCAAGUCCGACAAAGCGCCCCCGGGACCAAAACCAGACCCCUUCGAGAACCCGUCGUCCGAACUCCUGAUCGCUCAAAUCCCCAGAGAGAACCCGUCCCAUUUCCUCGUGUUGAACAAAUUCCCCGUCAUUCCCAACCACUUCAUCCUCGCCACGACGUCGUGGAAGUCGCAAACGGACAUUCUAGAAAAGGACGACUUGGAGGCCGCGUAUGCCUGUGUUAAGGAAUGGGGGUCACAAGCAGACGGCACGGAGUCCAAGCGACUGUUCGCCUUCUUUAACUCCGGAGACGAAAGCGGUGCCAGUCAACCCCAUCGACAUCUGCAGUUUCUACCGGUCGAGGCCAUGGCGCAGGGCGGCGACUCGGGUAGUUGGCAGCCUUUGAUUGAUGUCGUGUCAUCGCAACCUUCUUCCCCGUCGAGCUCGGGCUCCGAGAUUCGGUGUUUGAGCCAUUUCCCGUUCGCGCAUUUUGCCCUGCCGUUGCCGUCGAAUCCUUCUGCCGAUACACUCCACGCUACUUACCUUUCUCUCUACCGCACCGCUUUGGCAACUGCUAAGGGGAAAUCGGGCGGUCACGACGCUCAGGCAAGCAGUGGUCCGGCGGCGAUCAGUUAUAAUCUGGCCAUGACGGAAUCGGUGAUGAUGAUCUGUCCCCGGAGGAAUGAAAGUAGUCGAAUCCCUGUCGAUCCUGCCGUGUCCCAGGAUAUCGCCGAGGCUGGGAUCGUUGCUCUGAACGGCACAGUACUCGGCGGUACCCUCAUGGUGAAGGCCGAAGCCGAAUGGGAUCUAUUACGUCGCAACCCAGAGGCCCUGGCCAACGUAUUGUCCGAAAUCGGCUACCCCCAGCCGGACCUGCGUGAACUUUCCCUGUUAUGAGAACUGCUGCAACUGAGGGAAGGGGCUGCGAGAGAUGCAAGCCCAUCUUAAGACGUACAGUUCCUACAAUGGAAACCGAUAAGUAUAUACUGCGGCUCAUUUGAGAAGGCAUAUUUCACUGUUAUGAUCAUUAUGGUAACUUUACUGCCAUGGCAGAGGAAAUAGAUAUGAGAAAUGCCCAGGAACUCUUGUCUUCUCCCUUUCUUGUCUUUUUUGUCUAUUUUUCGAGCGGUUUUAUAUUAGUCUAUUCUUUUCGCGGAGCAUAUAACUGCAUAUAAACUACACAGCAUGAACCGCUCUUUUGCGGCACCAAUCACCAAGCGGGACAUCUUACCAUUAAAUUAUGUCGACACGGUUCCUUUUAACAUGAAUACUCCGAAAGAUUCAUAGAAGAUAAAAGCCCUUCUGAACUAGAGUUGUUUUCGCCCAGGUUUGUCAUUCCACGAACCAUUAACAACACCCUUAUUGAGUCUAGCUGGAUAUUGCCAAAAAGCCGGCAUCGACCCAAAAUGAAAGACUUUUAUGAGACCAAUGAAACGAAAUGAAUUAGGAAACCAUGACCAGGAAUUUCAUCCAUCAAUAACUCAUUCAACACAUACAGCAACAAGCGGUCA